CAUCCUGAGUUAUCAUCUCUAUUUAAGUACUAGUCUGUGAUCAUUUCAAUGAACUAAAUAUUUUUGGUUGCUGAUGGCGUGUGAAUUUUUACAACAAAUGUCAUUUUACAUGAAAUUCUAACAUAAAUAAAGAUUUGUUUCUUCGUAUUCAUGGUGUAGAAACCUAGAACUGAGGCGAAGCGCUUGGUGUGUCAUGCAAAUACUCAAUUAUGCUCACACGCUUGUCUAAGAAAACAAAUUUCCAAUGAAUAACAUGAGCUCACAGCAAAGCCCGGCUAACAUGCAAGCGGUCGUGGAUAGAGAAAAGAUAUAUACAUGGAUCCUGGAGUUGUGUAAUCCGGAAUCACGUGAGAAUGCUCUAUUGGAGCUUAGUAAGAAGCGCGAAGUUGUACCGGACUUGGCGCCUAUGCUAUGGCACAGCUUCGGUACUAUUGCAGCGCUGUUGCAAGAGAUCACUAAUAUCUACGUGGCGAUGAUACCGCCGACACUCACGGCACACCAAAGCAACAGGGUCUGCAACGCGUUAGCUUUAAUGCAGUGUGUAGCCUCCCACCCUGAAACUAGAUCAGCGUUCCUACAAGCACACGUGCCUUUGUUCCUUUACCCUUUCCUUCACACAGUGUCGAAAACCCGCCCGUUUGAAUACCUACGUUUAACCAGCCUUGGUGUGAUUGGUGCCCUAGUCAAAACUGAUGAGCAAGAGGUAAUUACUUUCCUCCUAACCACAGAGAUAAUACCACUAUGUUUACGCAUCAUGGAAAAUGGGUCUGAGCUGUCAAAGACGGUAGCAACUUUUAUAUUGCAAAAGAUAUUAUUAGAUGAUAGUGGUUUGAGUUAUAUUUGUCAGACAUAUGACCGAUUUUCACACGUGGCUAUGAUUCUGGGUAAGAUGGUGCUCUCUUUAGCAAAAGAUCCAUCUGCAAGAUUAUUGAAACAUGUUGUACGUUGUUACUUGCGCCUAUCUGAUAAUCCCAGAGCAAGAGAGGCAUUACGACAAUGUCUUCCAGACCAGUUGAGGGAUGCUACAUUUACAACAUGCCUUCAAGAGGAUAACUCCACUAAGCACUGGCUCGCUCAGUUGAUCAAGAAUUUAGAGGCCCAGCCACCUCCUGCCAGUCCUGCUCAACCAAAUAUGUACAAAACGAGAAAGCACUAAUUUUGUACGCUGAUGUAGUGGACUGGAAUACAAAUAAAAGUUUUCACAAAUUGGA